AUGGGUGAAGUUGCUAGAAGCCCCACCGUGUUGAUGUUUCCAUUUUUGGCUCACGGCCACAUUACUCCGUACGUCGGACUGGCCAAGGAUCUCUCCGACAGAGGAUUCUUGAUUCACCUAUGUUCCACGCCCAUCAUCCUUUCUUCCGUCAAGAAAAUGAUACCGGAAAAGUACUCGGAUUCCAUCCGGCUAGUGGAGCUCCACCUGCCGGAGCUGCCGGACCUCCCGCCGCAUUACCACACCACGAACGGCCUCCCGCGCCACCUGCAACCCACGCUCCGGAAGGCGUUGGGGAUGUCAAAGCCCAAUUUCCGCAAAAUCAUGGAAGCCCUGAGCCCGGAUUUGCUGGUGCUGGACUUCCUCCAGGUUUGGGCGGAAGGGGUGGCGCGUGAUCUUCACGUGCCCGCCGUCCGGUUCUACAACGUCUGCGCCGCCACGUCCUCUUACAUCACCUUCGCCACCAGGGAUCCUCUCUCCGAAUACCCUUUCCCGGGAAUCCGACUUAAAGGCUUUGCAGAUUCCUCUUUCCGCGCUACAAUCGAUCAUGUGAUGCGAAGUGGGAGAGAUCCGGAAGAGUAUCUGAAAAAUCCAGAAAUGGUGUUGAUAAGUAGCUCCGUGGAAAUGGAGCCCAAAUACAUAGAAUAUUACGCAACAUUCCUUGGCUGCAAGGUCGUGCCGAUCGGAUUACUAGCCCAGGAUCCUCAGCAGAACGAGAAACACGAAGAAAACGCAGAGAUCUUGGAUUGGCUUGGGCAGAAAGAAGAAGGUGCAGUGGUAUACAUUUCAUUCGGGAGUGAAUAUUUCCUGUCAAAGGAAGACACAGAGGAGAUAGCCCAUGGAUUGGAGAAAGUUGUGGCUGAUAGCAAUGUGAACUUCAUAUGGGUGCUUAGGUUUCCACAUGGCGAGAAGGUGAGCGCUGAAGAAACACUCCCACAAGGGUUUUUGGAGAGGAUAGGGGAGAGAGGGAGAGUAGUGGAAGGGUGGGCCCCGCAGGUUGAGAUUCUGGGCCACUCCAGCCUGGGCGGGUUUCUGACUCACUGCGGGUGGAACUCUGUAAUGGAGAGCUUGAACUCCAGGGUUCCCAUCAUCGCCAUGCCAAUGCACUCCGACCAGCCGGUCAACGCUAGGUUCUUGGAGGAGAUGGGGUUGGCGGUGGAGAUCACGAGAGAUGCCGCCGGCAAGCUUUGCCGGGAGGAGAUUGCCAGAGUUGUGAAGGAGGCUAUGGGUGGGGAGAGUGGGGAGGCUUUGAAGAGGAGAGUUAAGGAUAUGAGCGAUAGAUUAAAGCUGAAAAAGAAGGAGGAGAUUGAUGCGGCUGCUGUGGAGUUGCGAAAACUUUGUGGUGUACGUUAG